CUUCAUCCUUUGGGUAUGUACCUACUUUUUUUUUUAUUCUCUCUCCAAAUAUUAUUUUUUCAUAAACACAUUACACACCCUUUGGAUCAAAAUAAACCUUUUAAAUUCAUUCAAAAAAUUUAAUAAAUACACAUAGAAACAAAACGAAUAAUAAUUCAUUAAUUCAUAUUAAUUCAUAUUGAUUCAUAUUGAUUCAUAUUCAAAUUCAUACAUAUAAUAAUUUCAGUUAUACAUUUUUUGUUGAUUUUUCUUUGGUCAAAUUCGGCGGAAGAACUUUGAAUAUAUGAUAUAAUUGAAGGAAAUAAUUCAUAAUUUUUGCGAAUUGAAUUGAAUGUUAACGGAGAAGAAGAAGAGGUGAAAUUAGGAUUUCAGGCUGGGGAAUUUGAGGUUUGAUCGAAGAACGAAGGUUUUUCCGGCGUCGACAGAGGUCGGAAAUAUGGAAGUUAGGGUUUGUAGUCCUGUAGGAGAUAUAUGGAGGAGGACGGUAGGAGGUGGUGUCGGUGGAGCAGAGAGAAAGUUUAGCCAUGAAAGCGAGCAUGACUUGGCGGUAAUGGUGAGCGAUUUUCUGGAGAAUAAUGGAAGUUAUGGUGCAGAUUCUUGGUGUAGUAGUGAUGGUGAGUCUGGUUUCUCCGAACUUCAUCAUCUUGCGGACAAGAUUUCGUUCUUCAAGCGCUCGGUGGAUCAGUAUGAGAGUGACCUGCAGUCUGUGGUCCAAUCUCUUUUACUCUCUAUGGGUGGAACGGACCUUCAGCUUGUUAAAUCUGGUCUAUGCAAUGGAAGCUGUAUUCGUGAUUCUUUAGUGAAGCUUCUCCGAUCGUCAGGCUAUGAUGCAGCAGUAUGUGCUUCAAAAUGGCAAGGCAUUAACAAGGUGCCUGGAGGUGACCAUGAAUACAUAGACGUGCUGAAUUACUUGAAUGACGGAAGUACUGAACGUGUGAUAAUCGACAUUGAUUUCCGAAGCCACUUUGAGAUAGCCCGAGCUGUUGAAUCCUAUGACAAAAUUUUGAAAUCUCUUCCGGUUGCUUUUGUUGGCUCCUUGAUAAAGCUGGAACAGUUCCUCCAAGUUAUGGCUGAAGCUGCUAGGGUUUCUCUAAAACAGAAUUCCAUGCCGCUUCCUCCAUGGAGAUCCCUUGCUUAUUUACAAGCUAAAUGGCUUUCACCUUAUCAGAGACGGAUAAUUCCGGAAGAACAGAAUAUCAAUAGCUCUUCUGUUACUGGCCAUAAACAGUGCAAUGAUCAUCUAAGGCAGUUGCAAUCCUCUCUUCAGUCGGAAAUCGGAACAGAGCGAUUGUUAAAGCCUAUUAAGAUUGAUACUACCAGAAGGCUGAAACUUGAAAGGAGGAGAACUUCUUCAUUCAGGACACAUUGAGCUGUACAGAAGUUUUUACUGCGGGAAUUGUGACUUACAUUGAGAGAUUUUUUUUUUUGCUCUUCUUUUUUUCUAAAAUUUUUAAACCAAAAAAUUAUUUUCUUCAAGAAUAGGGAAUAAAAUCGACAAUGGGAUCAUUUCGUCGCUAUAGAAGUAUUGAUUCGUACAACAUGGCGGCUUCAUUCCACGUUCAGAGCUCUGUAUGUCCUAUCUUAAGCUGCAAUUGCUUCAAAUUGUGUUCUUGAAUCUCAUUGCUGGAAGUCCCUUGGUUCUGAAGCAUCCUUAAUUUUUUCCUUUCUUUCUGGAUCUUGUUUUUCUUCUUUUUGCCUAAUGUUUUUGGCAUCGUUUAUAAUAUGUAAUCCUGGGCCGUCAUUUUAAGGUUGCCAGGAAAUUUUGUCCAAUUUUCUUUGAGUUAUUUAUACUACAAUUGUUAAUGUAA